CGAAUUCAUCCUCUCAGAUAGGGAGAAAGAUUUCUAGAUAUGGCUCGUAAAGUUUUGCAUACCACGAUUCACCACCAAUGUGCAGCUUGCAGUCAACUUUUCAGACCAGGUGAAACCCUAGUCGCAUUGGUCUACAGAAACUCGUCACUCGAUAUAUACAAGAACUUACUCUUCACGAGCAUAUCGCAAGAUCGCGAACAGCAGAGGAAAAGGGACUUGCAUUCAAUGUUCUGCAGGCGCUCUGACUGUGCUUUGUGCUCAAGUAUGAGACAGCCGGAACUUGUCCUCCCAGAUGCAGAAAACGACAGCUCUCUUCUUGACGCUCCACCCGAGGUAGAAAACGUAUUCUGCAAGAAGGCUCAUUGCCGCCAGUGCCAGAUUGUUGAAGAGAGUAUAUCCGUACACACAGAUUGCUUUGAGCUGUUCGAGAAGCAUUGCGCCAUUGGAGACGGCGAAAACAGCCCUGAACAAAAGAAUGAGAAGUAUAGACGCCUCUGGCUAGCGGGAACAAGACGGUAUGCCUGGCGCAAGAUGCAGCCGCUCAAAUUCCCCAGCAGCACCACUCUCGCUUUUCCUCAACCUGAGAUUAUUAGCAAACUAUGCGGCUUUCAAAAGAUCUUCUUACCCGAGGUUGUUCGACUGAUUCAGAGCUACUCGAAAUUGCAUAUUAUCUGGAGGUACUGCUCAGCCAUCCAACUAGCACAAGAACUUGGAUCGGCAAAGGCGGAAGCAGCAGUCAUCUACGACGUCCCCAAAAUCCUGUCAUGGUCUCGUGGCAGCCCUCCUAAAGUGGUGCAAGAUAAGAGCCUUGCCGGCUCUUUCAUCAGAUUUACAAUUGACCAUCGCGCCAGCACGGCUGGUGAGAUACGGGCUUCCUCCUGCGUAUUUGCAGUAGAGCCGAUAGAAAAACUAUCAGAUGAUAAGCUAAAAUUCGAGCUCGGAUUGUGUCGUCUUCAAGUCCCGAGAAAACGACAAAUCACCAUCUGGAGUGACCCAGAUCCCAUUCAUCUGAUGCGAUUUUUGCCUUCUGAAGGUCUUGAUCAACACAACCGUUUCGCAGCCAUUCGAUUAGAUCCAGAGUAUUGCACUGGGAUCUCUCUCUUUAUAAAUUCACACCUUGUGCAUGAGAUCCAUGCUCAUUCAAAACGACACUCAACCCAUCUAGAGAGAUUCGAGUAUCUCCGCUCCAUGAUUGGCCAUGAAAUCGUCUGGAUUUACAUACCGCUCACAGCCCAAGAUCAGAUCACUGCAAUUGAUAUCAGGAAAUACGUAACAGAAAAAGAGAGACCACAUCAUUUCACAGUGAGUACAGAGACCGGAAAAUUUAUAGCUGGAUGUCCCCAAACUCGUGAAUACCAGAGAAAUGGACCGGGUACCUUUUCAUGGGAGCCUGCUGUAGGAACUUUGUACGAGGCGGGGGACACACGACGGCCCUUGGCCCUCAUUCACCAUGUCCCUAGCUCUGGUUCGAUGGAAUUCAUCGGAACAGAUGCUGAUAAACAGACUGAGACUGCCGAGCCGAAUGUUCAACGCCAAGAUUGGCCGCUUCAUCGCGCAUUCUUCUCAUUCGCAUCUCUUGAGGGUGUCUUAGAUGUACACGUUUUCAGCGAUGAGCUCCGAAACCUAUGCAAAGGCAUCCUAUUCGAAUACGAGAACGGCUCGAAAAGAACCGUUGGACAAUGCCGCCUCGGUUGGGAUCGAGUCCAAAGUUGGCGGAAGCCUCUAAGCAUGUUUUACGAUUCUGCUUCUUACCAAAUCACCGAUCCCGCAGGCGUGCGUGAUCCGGUCAGGCAUAAAAGUGCUCGGGUUACCUUUGACUCCGAAUCCGACCAUGUGUCUGAAGAUGGUACACUCGACAAAAGCUUCUACCCGAUGAGAGGCUGCCUAAACUUUUGGUUCCUCAUUAAUGAUGUCGAGAUAGAGAUUGUUGGUUCCUAGCUGCUUGUUAGGUUGAGGCACCUUUAAUUUACGGUUAAAUGGCCAGGUAGUAUCUGAGUUGGUAAAGAUGACGGUCAGUUGAG